AUUGCCAAUUAUGUCUAAUUUUCUUUCAAACCAAAUAGAUUCUUCUUCUUCAUCUUCUUGUUAUUUAGCAAGAACCUUGAAAACUAAACGUGGCAAGAAUCUUCAUCAUCAACCUGCAACAUGGAGCAUGAGUUCCAUGAUCACAGCAUUGCCACAAUAUCCAUCAUCUCCUCCUCCUCCUCCUCCCGAAGACAAUGCCACUCACUUCUCCACUCCAAGAAACCAGAGAUUAGGCAUGACCUACAUAGAAAACAAUUGCUUCUCUGAUAUUGAUGAAUGGUUAGAACAUGCAAACAAGUUCUGUAAAACCUUCAACCAUCACAAUGAGGAUAAUCAUGCAGAACAACAACAUGACUUGAGAAUCUCAGCAGUAUGCAACAAUUUCUUAAUAGCUCAAGAACACGAACUUUACAACAUAAUGUUACCAUGUGUGAGAGAAGAAACUCCUCUUCCACAAAAUAUUACUUCAUGCAUUAACAGACAUGGGGUUGGAGGAAGAGGAGAUAGCAGAUAUCAACCUUAUGAUGGAUUAUUGAAUGAAGACAGAAGGAGGAAACUUGAAGCUUAUAAAGAUGUACGUAACAAGGCCAAACAUCUUCAACUUACGCAAAGGUUGAGAAGGAAAGAAGAAGCUAUAAAAAACUGGGAAUUGCACCAAACGAGAAAAGCCAUGGAUCACAUGGAUAAAAUUCAGAAUGAGCUUGAAAGAAAGCAAGUGAUGGCAUCAGCAAAGACUCAAAAGAAAAUAAGGUCAGUGAGGGAAAAGGCAGAGAAGCAGAAGCUGAAGUUGAGGCAAUCAACAAUGAAAAAGUUUAAACAACUUCAAAUACAAGAAACUCAUUCCUCUUCAGAUACUUCAUGGGACUCACGCUUGCAUUUGUAUUAGAAUAAAAAUAUUUUUGUUCAUUGUAUUGUGACAUGGGAAA